AUGGACCGGAGCAAUGCUGCUCAUGUCAGCUGGCCAUAUGCACUGCAUUGCUUGACAGAGUUGGGAUCUUGCCGCCAGAAUGACGCCGACAUUUACAGCUGGAAUGCAAUCCUAAGUGCUUGUGACAAGGCUCAGCACUGGCGCCAAGCAGCUGAGUUGUGUGCAACGGCGGUCCGCAUAUCAUUGCAACCUGAUGUGGCAAGUUGCAGCGCACUGAUUCGUUCCACUGGACGGCGGCGGCUGUGGCAAGAAUCUCUUGUAUCGGUGACAAGGUUCUUGACGGCAAGACAUAAGCUGAACAGAAUCGUGUACAAUGCAGCACUAAGUUCUACUCUCAAGUGGAGUUUCUGCAUCAAUGGCUUCGAGCAUUCCUCAGUAAAGAUCCAGCCUGAUGUGAUCUCAUUCAAUGCUGUCAUCACCGCAUGUGACAGAUCAGAGAUGUGGUGCAUGGCCUUGUUUGUUUUCAGCAGGUGCUGCACCCUGUCAGUGGAGACAAGUUUGGUUUCCCUUGGCGCCUUGCUCUCCACAUGUCAAAGCUGCAGCCGCUGGUUCGUUUCAACAAGCCUCAUGAAUUCACCUAAGGCAUUCCGCAGCAAUGUCCUGUGCAAUUCCAUCACGACUUCCUUUUUACACGGGAGCGUUUGGCACCGGGCAUUCUGUUUAGUCGAUUCACACUUGUGCGAACCAGACCUGGUUUCUGUGAAUACCAUCAUGGCCGGAAGCACCGAAGCCCGGUGGCAGCUUGUCCUGGAGGUUGCUGAGAAAUUGACCGCUUGUGCAUGCAGAACUUGGGAUUCGAUCACGUAUAAUUCUGCUUUAAAUUCUUGGCAGAGUAGCUGGGAGGUGGGACUUGAUUUGAUUGAGGACUUGAGUGCCAAAGGAUUGCAGGCAAGCACUUUCACAAUCUCAGGAGGGACAUCUCUAUGUGGAAAGUCUGCGCGGUGGCAAGUUGCCGCUGCCUUACAGAGAAACAUCCAGUUGUGGAAGUUGGAGGCGAAUGUGCUGACUUGCAAUGCAGUGUUGAGUGCAAGCGGUCACCAGUGGUUGAGGGCUCUUGAGGUGCUUUUCGGGUCUUUUGCAGUGGCAAUUCCCAUGAGCCAGGCGUCUUGUGGAUCUGUGAUUCAAGCAAUCAGCGCUUGCGAGAUGGGACGUUGGAGUCGGGCUUUAACCUUUCUCAAGGUUUGCACGUCCAAGCGCUUGGAGCUGGGCGAAGUCACAUCAAACACGUUGCUCAAAGCUCUGGGUACUGGUCAUGCAUGGCGCUGUGCAAGUACUUUGUUUCGACAGCUUGUUUGCAGAGCUUUGGAUCCAGACCCGUUGAGCUUCACUGCUUUCUCCGGCGCUUGCAUGGAAGCCACCAAGUGGAUGCAGACCUUGGGUAUUUUGGGCGAGGUUCGCGAACGGCCAGUGGAAUUCUACCAGCGAAUGCUGAGGUUGGUGGAUGGAACAUUGGAGCAUGACUUGUGCUUUCCAGGUAAAGUCAAGCGCUCCACGCAUUGCUAUGGCAUGGAGUUUACCUGGCACUUGGUGUUUGGCGAGGACUACGAGACCCCUCUUCGACAGGAUGACCAGAGGCUUCCCUUGCCACUUCGACUCAAGUUUGGGAAUGAGUUCAUCCGGAGUCGCCAUGCUGAGGUUGUGCUGAAUCCCAGCACUCCCAAAAAGAUUGUCGAAGAAGUGAAUUAUGAUCAGAUGACAGUGGUGGUUGCGUCAGGAUAUUUUGACCCCCUGCACUACGGCCACAUCGAGUAUCUCGAAAGAUCACGGGACUUGGGCGACAAGCUCCUGGUGAUUGUAAACAAUGACAUUCAGGCGGCAGACAAGAAAGGUCAGCCAUUUAUGCCUGCUCGUGAGCGAGUCAAAUUGGACCAGACUGUCCGACGAACCCUGAGAAUAUUACACCCAGAUGUAUUCACAAACGGCAGUUUUCUCAGCCUUCGGGCGGAGACAUCAAAAACGAAGAUGUACCAGAGGCCGAUAUUUGCCGUGAGCUCGGCAUCAAGCUCGUCGAUGGCCUUGGAGAGAAAGUUCAAUCAUCGUCCUGGCUGA